GCAGCGAGAUCGAGCAACUCGCAAGCAAUUAAUUGGGCUUCAACUCGCUUCAUCAAGCGCUUAAAAGCAGUGAUUUGUAAGUUGUGAGUCGUGACCUUCCAUGUUUCCCUUUGUUACACAAUCCACCUUGUAGUUCCCCUUCACUUACAAAAGCACGGUCGGAACUUAGGAAAGCCUUUGGUAAGCUUUUACAGGAGAUUAUUUGCUCGCUUGUUGUUGCAGCACAAUUGCGGCGCCACAUAUAUUGAUUGAGAUUGUUAUCCUCUUUCUAAACAGUUGGUUGGACCGUGAGAAGUUAUACAAAGCCCACUUUUAGCUGACAAGAAGCCAUUCUUGCUCGCGAGACUAUCCCACUCACCCACAGGUCUGAACAAGAUGAACGGCGUCAACGCAAGUGGAAACCGGACAGGGAAAAUCAUGGUUAUCAUGCUGGUGACCGGCAUGCUGGCGGCAGCGGCCAGUGUGCACCUGGGGCCUGCUCUGUACGGACGUCCGGAGGAAGCUCAGCAGCGCACGUACUCGUCCGAAGGUGCCCUCAAGAAAAGAAGCAUGUGGUCUAAGGGCCAGAAUAAGUAGCUUGUCACACUUUCAAGUCCCCAGCUUGGCAAUGGCAGACUAGUAGUUGGAGACAAUGCUGCGACAAUACUAGCGUGAGUGGGGCAAAUUAAGGAGGGAGCAGAUAGCUUUCAGCAGUACACUUUGGAAGGUUCCCCACAUUGACUACAUCAAAUGUGGUGCAGAGAAUGCCACAGACAUUCCACAAUUUGUCUGCUGCCUGUAGAAGUAGCGGUUGAGCUCAUUUCGUCGCAAUUAGCGGUUGAGCUUUAGCACCAACGGCAAGUGUUCUGCCAUUUACAAUUAAAUUGGGUUUUAGUCACUUUUCUGAGGAGGAGUUUCGUGCGGAAUAAAAGUACCGCAGUCUGUAACCGGUCACCGUGGCUGGGGUCAGACUGCGAUGCCGCCCCCUGCGGUUGGAGGGCUGCACAAGCCCUUCGAUCACUACACCAGUCUCUCAGAGAUACCCAAGCCAGGUCAGCCCCCUCUGAUACGACAGACCGCCG